AUGCUCAGUCCCCAACAACAAUACCGACUAACGUCUAGCUUUGAUCCUGACGAGACUACCGGUGGCUUUGCACAUGGUGCAGACCCGUUCCUGACAUCGCACAAUGGAAUUAAGAUCUAUGGUAUCCCAAAGAGGCCUGCCAUUCCUGUACAGCCUCAAGUCCACAUUCUUGGUCGGGGACCACUUCCUCAAGAGCAUUAUGGCUUCCCGCCAGAUUUUGAGGUCCAGGGUAUUGACCACGAAGAUUUCCACCUUCCACCUCACAUCCCUUCUGAGGAGCGGGAAAGCGGCGCGAGCAGAUUCUACCAGUGGCACUUUGAUGGCUCGCUAUACAGCAUUCCGCCUCCGCGCGUGGGUUGCCUUCUCGCAGUGCGGACGCCAAAGGGCCCCGAUGUCACAGUGAGGUGGGACGAUGGCACUGGUACGGAAAUGAAGAUAGCUCCUGGUUCUACCGCCAUGGUAGCCGGCUCCCGAGCUCUCGAAUUGUUGGACGAUGAGACCAGAAACAUAGUCAUGCACAGCCGAAUCGAGUAUGCACCACACGCUUUCGUUUGGAUGUCAACUGCACACAGUACACGCCUUGGUCAUCUCCUAGAGACCGAAGGCCUCGAGAAGCCUUUGGAUAAGCUCCCGCCGUGGGAAAAGGACAAAGUCUGUAUUUAUCCCAUGGUCUGGACGAAUCCCAAAACGGGCGAAAAGUCGUUGCAGGUUCAUGGCCAGGGUGCAUUCAAGCUCUACCUGAAGGAUAGCCCGGAUGGCAAGGAAAAGGUAGUGGAUGAUCUCAAGGAGGUGCGAGCGUUCAUGAAUAAGUGA